UGUGGCUGAGGGGAGGAAAUUAAAAGCAACGCUCUCGGCUCGAUCUGUCUUUUCCAGCCAGAAGAGGAGCUCAGGGUUCUGCAGGAGGGGAACACUGUGUGGUGUGAGGAUGAAGAUCGCAGUGAUUGGUCAGAGCCUGUUCGGUCAGGAGGUCUACAAGGAGCUGAGGAAGGAGGGUCACAACAUCGUAGGGGUCUUCACCAUCCCAGACAAGGACGGGAAAGCAGACCCACUGGCCACUGAGGCGGAGAAGGAUGGCGUUGCUGUGUUUAAGUUCCCGCGGUGGCGUGUGAAGGGCCAGGCCAUCCCAGAGGUGGUGGACCAGUACAAGGCCACGGGCGCCGAGCUCAACGUGCUGCCCUUCUGCUCCCAGUUCAUCCCCAUGGAGGUUAUCGACCACCCCCAACACGGCUCCAUCAUCUACCACCCCUCCCUGCUGCCUCGCCACAGAGGAGCCUCCGCCAUCAACUGGACCCUGAUCCAUGGUGACAAAAAGGGCGGGUUCACAGUGUUCUGGGCCGACGAUGGACUCGACACCGGACCGAUUCUGCUGCAGAGGGAGUGUGACGUCGAACCUGACGACACCGUCAACACCAUCUACAAGAGAUUUCUGUUUCCAGAGGGAGUCAAAGGCACUGUGGAAGCAGUGAGGCUGAUUGCAGAAGGAAAAGCCCCAAGGAUCACACAGCCACAGGAGGGCGCCACCUAUGAGUGCAUCCAGAAGAAAGACAACUCCAAGAUCGACUGGAACCAGCCCGCUGAGGCCAUCCACAACUGGAUCAGAGGAAACGACAAAGUACCUGGAGCCUGGGCCAAGGUGGACGGACAGAAAGUGACUUUUUACGGCUCCACUCUGGUUAAUAAUGGGACGGCAGCUAAAGGUGAACCCCUGGAGAUCCCCGGGGCCAGUCGACCCGGCAUCGUCACCAAGGCAGGACUGGUGCUGUUCGGCAACGACGGCAAAACACUGAUGGUGAAGAACCUGCAGUUCGAGGAUGGGAAAAUGAUCGCUGCAGCUCAGUACUUCCGUUCAGGGAGCAGUGCAGCUGUGGAGCUCACAGAGGAGGAGAAGACCUUCGCUCAGCAGAUGAGGGACGUGUGGCAGAGCAUUCUGACUAAUGUGAGUCAGAUUGAAGACUCCACAGAUUUCUUCAAGUCUGGUGCUGCUUCCAUGGAUGUGGUGAGGCUGGUGGAGGAGGUGAAGCUUCGGGCCAGUCACUGCCAGCUGCAGAAUGAAGACGUCUACAUGAACACCACCUUCCAGGACUUCAUCCAGAUGUGUGUGAGGAAACUCCGAGGGGAGGACGAUGAGGAGGAGCUGGUGGUCGACUACGUGGAGAAGAACAUCAACAAUAUGACCAUUAAGAUGCCCCAUCAGCUGUUCAUUAACGGAGAGUUUGUCGAUGCAGAGGGAGGAAAAACCUACCAGACCAUCAACCCCACUGAUGGCACGGCCAUCUGUGACGUGUCUCUGGCUCAGAUCCAGGACGUAGACAAGGCUGUGGCUGCUGCGAAGGAGGCCUUUGAGGAGGGGGAGUGGGGUAAAAUGAACCCCAGAGACCGAGGCCGACUCAUUUACAAACUGGCCGACCUGAUGGAGGAACACCAGGAGGAACUGGCCACCAUCGAAGCCAUUGACUCAGGCGCCGUUUACACUCUGGCCUUAAAGACCCACGUGGGCAUGUCCAUCCAGACCUUCCGCUACUUUGCCGGCUGGUGUGACAAGAUCCAGGGCAGUACCAUCCCCAUCAACCAGGCUAGACCCAAUCGGAACCUCACCUUCACCAAGAGGGAACCAAUCGGUGUGUGUGCCAUUGUGAUUCCGUGGAACUACCCACUCAUGAUGCUGGCGUGGAAGACGGCGGCCUGUUUAACAGCAGGAAACACAGUGGUCCUCAAACCUGCUCAGGUGACUCCACUGACAGCUCUGAAGUUUGCAGAGUUAGCGGCGAAGGCGGGGAUUCCAAAGGGUGUGAUUAAUAUUCUGCCAGGAUCAGGUGCUCUGGUGGGUCAGCGUCUGUCCGACCAUCCUGAUGUUCGGAAACUGGGCUUCACGGGUUCCACAGAGAUCGGAAAACACAUCAUGAAGAGUUGUGCUGUCAGCAACGUGAAGAAAGUUUCUCUGGAGCUGGGUGGAAAAUCCCCUCUGAUCAUCUUCAGUGACUGUGACAUGGACAAGGCUGUGCGCAUGGGCAUGAGCUCAGUGUUCUUCAACAAAGGAGAGAACUGCAUCGCAGCGGGAAGACUGUUCGUAGAAGACACCAUCCAUGACCAGUUCGUUAAGAAAGUGGUUGAGGAGGUGAAGAAGAUGAAGAUCGGAGACCCUCUGGACCGCUCCACAGACCACGGACCCCAGAACCACAAGGCCCACCUGGACAAACUGGUGGAGUACUGUCAGACCGGUGUGAAGGAAGGAGCCACUCUGAUCUGUGGAGGUAAACAGGUGCAGCGUCCAGGUUUCUUCUUCGAGCCCACGCUGUUCACUGAUGUACAAGACCACAUGUACAUCGCUAAAGAGGAGUCUUUCGGUCCCGUCAUGAUCAUCUCCAAAUUCAAGAGCGGUGAUGUGGACGACGUCCUGAGGAGGGCUAAUGACACAGAGUACGGCCUGGCAUCAGGAGUUUUCACACGAGACAUCAGCAAAGCACUGUACGUCAGCGAACGGUUAAACGCUGGCACCGUGUUCGUCAACACCUACAACAAGACUGACGUGGCGUCGCCGUUUGGAGGUUUCAAACAGUCCGGCUUCGGCAAAGACCUGGGACAAGAGGCGCUCAACGAAUACCUGAAGACAAAAGCAGUGACCAUCGAGUACUGAGUCCAGUCAAAGGAGGAAACUGCAGCCACACACGAUGACACCGUCUCUACUGAAACACCCGUCACCGUUUCAUACAAUAGCUAGCUGUUCAGUCAUCAGUGACUCCAGUGUGUCUGAUGGUUCUUCUUAUGGCUGAAUCAUCCUCAUCCUCACAUUUACGUCAUCUUUAACACAUGUCUGUUCAGUCUAACCAACACCUUUGAGCCACGUGAGUCUGAGCUGAGUCAUGUUUCUACACCAGUGACCUCUGUAAUCAAGGUACGAGUAGAAAUAUUAUUCUGAAACACUGCAUUCAUUUCUAAUAUGGCUUACAUUAGGUCUGAGAAGAAUAAAGAAAUGUAACAUUUCUAAUACUUUUUGAUUAAUAAAGGGCACAGAUGAACAUC